UUUCAAUCAGUAAAGGGUAAUUACUUGUUGUAUGUCGUUUCAUUAUUAAUCGAACGAGUGAGAAGAAUAAAAGUUUUUGUUGAAUAUGCUUCUAUUGCCGUUGAUAUUAUUUUUGUUAGUCGGUAGUGGGAUAGGACAACAGUGUCAAAUAGCGACGAAAUGUGUCACAGAUUAUGCCGAAGACCAAUGUUGGGUAACAGAACAAUUAGUGCCGAACAGUCACAUAUUUAAUUGUUGUCCGAGCUGUCAAGUAACCUCUGGCGAGACACCGCCAGUGACUGGAUGCAAGCCGCCAUAUAAUUGUCUUCCCGAUGGAAGUUAUGGUCCAGUGCAGUGCAAAGGUGACAUGUUUACAGGAAGGUGUUUCUGUUCGGAUGGAAAUGGGAACAGAAUAUUUGGACAAAUGUGGAGAACCGACGCGAGUCAAAUGACUUGUGCUUGCAGUAGACGUAGAGCAGAGAUGGAGGUAUCUGAAAAGAGAAGCGUUACGUUACAUUGCACUCGGUCGGGCGACUAUGAGCCUUUGCAAUGUGAUAACGGAAUGUGUUGGUGUGCUGAACCUAAAACUGGACAGCCCACAGCCGGACCAGUACCUGAAUCAGAUAUGAGGCAACUGCCGUGUUAUAGUACAUCAAAAGUAGGUAGUCAAUAUUUACGACGCUGCGAGAGCUUGGUCCAUGCCAUAGCAAAAAUUCAACAGGAACAACAGGAUCACGGAACCAACUUCUUAGGGAACCCCGUUACCUUCUGUGACUAUGAUGGCAGUUAUGGACCCUACCAAAUCACGAACGGAAUCGCAUACUGUACAGGGCUUGAUGGUGAAAUUCUGGGAUCUUGGCAGGUUGUUUCAAGUGAAAUGACUGGAAUGAAUUGCAACUGCGCCCGCGACACUAUCAUGUACUUCCCUGAACGUGGUAUGACGGUGACUGAAACAUGCCAGCCGAAUGGUAACUACAUGCCGAAUCAGAACGUUGGCAACGUGUUCUAUUGCGUCGACAGCGACGGGUAUCCCACCACCGAUUUACUAGACCAGUGGCCGCCUGGUGGUUGCUCGAACAUCAUUUCUAAUUCCAAGUAGUAAUUUUUUGAAAAUAAUCAAUUGUAUCAAUUAAAUAAAGAAUUACUUAUUGAAAAAAAACUGCCCGAUGAUAGCGGUUUCC